AUGUCGUUGUUUAAUCCGCUCCCAAAUGACAAUGAUGACGCCUUUGCGUUUCCGUCGCAGUGUUUUAUGUUGAAAUUCAAUGGUGCUUGGCCUUUGAAUAGUGACAAAUAUUCGCGAAGUCUAUUCGAUCGAUUGUACUUAUUUUGGGCGUACGCUCUUAUCGUAUUAAUUGCAUUAACGUGCUGUGCUCAAGCAUCAUUUCUAUUUGCAUCUUUUAGCGAUGUAUUAAUCGUUACCGAAUGCGGUUGCACAGUUUUUAUGGGCAUUCAUAAUCUCUUGCGAUUGAUUCAUUUAAGCUAUAAUCGGAAAGCGCUCAAGAAAUUGAUUGCCAGUUUCGUUAAGGAGAUUUGGAUUUCAAAGUCAACACAUCAGAAAAUCUCAAGGGAAUGUACAUCGGAAAUGAUUGUACUAAAAUACAUUUCAUUGUUACAAUUUGUACUGAUUUGGAUGUACAUUUUGUUUCCAUUGCUUGAAUUGUAUGGCAUUGAGGAUGGCAGCGAAAAACCAUUUCCAUAUCGUAUGCUAUUUCCAUACGAUGCAAAUCGAACAUUUUAUUAUUCGAUAACAUAUUUUCUAACAUCGUUGGCCGGUUUUGGUGUUGUGACAAAUCUCUUCUCUGAAGACAGUUUAUUUGCAUUUUUCACCACUCAUACAUGUGGACGUUUUCGUUUAUUGCACGAACAGAUAACGCAUUUAAUGCGAAUCGGACAAAGAAAUGCAUUGAAAAAAUAUCCAAAUCUAUUGCACGAAAAUUGGUCAAACGCACGAAAUUCGGCCGUUCAACUGGAAUAUCGAAAUCAUCUGAUUCGCAUCAUCGACAACCAUAGAACACUGAUCAGCUUUUUCGAGGAGUUACACGAUUUCUUCAGUCCCAUUCUGCUUAUAAACUAUAUAAUUAGUUCGUUGCUGAUUUGUAUGGUGGGGCUGCAAAUCGUUGCAGUUGAGUUGACUAUUGGCGAUUUUCUGAAACUUGUCGUGUACAUCGUAUCGGCAUUAUCGCAGCUCUUUAUCCUCUGCUGGAAAGGCAACGAUAUCAUUGAGCACAGUGUUUAUACGGCUGAUAUACUGUAUUUUUGUGAUUGGCAAGGGAAAUCGAGUGACGAAAACUAUGGUAGACAAUCCGAAAAGCCAGUAGCAUCAGUAGCACGCUUCGAUUUCCCAGCAGAUGUGGAGGUCGUGAAAACCAUCAAAUUCACCAUAAAACGUUCACAAAAGCCUCUGAUUUUGAUGGCGAUGAAGUUUUCAACGCUGGCCUUGAACACAUUCACUCGAUUCAGUUUGAUUUUGAGUACAUCGAUAUCCUACUUCACACUUUUGCAAUCGCUACUCGAGCGCAGUGGAUGAACUAUCGAUUUGAAAUGGAUGCAAACACAUACAGUUUCUAUAUAUCUCUCUCUUUCUCUUUCCUUACGGCCGGUCUCUUUCUCUUUUCCCCAUAUCUAUUCCAUCUACUGAUCUAUCUAUAUCCCAUUCAACCGUAAUUCAAACUUGUGGCAAAAUAAUCGAGCUAGAUUCGUUUAUUUUUUGCACUUCUUCUUCUUCUUUUUUCAAUUUCUUUACUUCUUUUCAUCACAUUAUUCCGUUCUAUGUCUGUUUGUUCGGCUAGGCUAUUAUUCGUCGUUGUGAUUUAAAUUUUGAAAGUGGGAUAAGGGAAGUGAAAGUAUUGUAUUUGUGUGAGUGUGUGUGUGUGAGAGAGAGAGAGAGCGCAUUAAUCUAUUAUGAUUGGAGGACACUAUGAAAAUGUAAAUGCACAACUGACGCUUCAAAUUUAUCCACUUCCAUCACCACUUUUGAGAUGGAAGAAUAAUGCACUUGAAAGUUUUAAGUUGAAACGGAAGGACCUAAUACCACCGGCUGGUAGAAAGAGAGGAAAAAAGAUAUAGAGCAAGAGAAAUGGGUUUAAAAUGCAAUAAUCUGAUUAGAUUUUAAAAUACAUUCCGAUUGUUGUAAUGUAUUAAAACAUAUUGUGUAAUAUUUAGAUUUAAAUAUGUGUAGA